GCCUCCGCCUCCGGUGAGUUCAGGGAGGCUGCCUUUGGGGUGUGGCCCUAAUUGACGGGGUGGGGGACGAAAAGAAGGGGAACCCCAGGCUGGGUCGAGGACCGGCGGAAGCGAGGAAAUCCUAAGAGCGUGACCGUUGAGGAUACAGGGAACCGUCGGGUGUAACCAGUGAGAGGAAAAAGCCUCAGGGUACACUUACAAAGUAAUAAUAGAAAGUAGCAGAUGAAGGAGGUGCAGCUCUAUAAGAAAACGUGUAACACAUUCCAGUGAUGACUAAGCGUGCUGGUAAGGUGCACAUUAAAGAUCCAAAGUCAUGACUGACUCCAAGUAUUUCACAACCAAUAAAAAAGGAGAAAUAUUUGAACUAAAAGCUGAGCUCAACAAUGAAAAAAAAGAAAAGAGAAAGGAGGCUGUGAAGAAAGUGAUUGCUGCUAUGACUGUGGGGAAGGAUGUUAGUUCUCUCUUUCCAGACGUAGUGAACUGUAUGCAGACUGACAAUCUGGAACUAAAGAAGCUUGUGUAUCUCUACUUGAUGAACUAUGCCAAGAGUCAGCCAGACAUGGCCAUCAUGGCGGUGAACAGCUUUGUGAAGGACUGUGAAGAUCCUAAUCCUUUGAUUCGAGCCUUGGCAGUCAGAACCAUGGGGUGCAUCCGGGUAGACAAAAUUACAGAGUAUCUCUGUGAGCCACUCCGCAAGUGCUUGAAGGAUGAGGAUCCCUAUGUUCGGAAAACAGCAGCAGUCUGCGUGGCAAAACUCCAUGAUAUCAAUGCCCAAAUGGUGGAAGAUCAGGGAUUUCUGGAUUCUCUACGGGAUCUCAUAGCAGAUUCAAAUCCAAUGGUGGUGGCUAAUGCCGUAGCAGCAUUAUCUGAAAUCAGUGAGUCUCACCCAAACAGCAACUUACUUGAUCUGAACCCGCAGAACAUUAAUAAGCUGCUGACAGCCCUAAAUGAGUGCACUGAAUGGGGCCAGAUUUUCAUCCUGGACUGCCUGUCUAAUUACAACCCUAAAGAUGAUCGGGAGGCUCAGAGCAUAUGUGAGCGGGUAACUCCCCGGCUAUCCCAUGCCAACUCAGCAGUGGUGCUUUCAGCAGUAAAAGUCCUAAUGAAGUUUCUAGAAUUGUUACCUAAGGAUUCUGACUACUACAAUAUGCUGCUGAAGAAAUUAGCCCCUCCACUUGUCACUUUGCUGUCUGGGGAGCCAGAAGUGCAGUAUGUCGCCCUGAGGAACAUCAACUUAAUUGUCCAGAAAAGGCCUGAAAUCUUGAAGCAGGAAAUCAAAGUCUUCUUUGUGAAGUACAAUGAUCCCAUCUAUGUUAAACUAGAGAAGUUGGACAUCAUGAUUCGUUUGGCAUCUCAAGCCAACAUUGCUCAGGUUCUGGCAGAACUGAAGGAAUAUGCCACAGAGGUAGAUGUUGACUUUGUUCGAAAAGCUGUGCGGGCCAUUGGACGGUGUGCCAUCAAGGUGGAGCAAUCUGCAGAGCGCUGUGUAAGCACAUUGCUUGAUCUAAUCCAGACCAAAGUGAAUUAUGUGGUCCAAGAAGCAAUUGUUGUCAUCAGGGACAUCUUCCGCAAAUACCCCAACAAGUAUGAAAGUAUCAUUGCCACUCUAUGUGAGAACUUAGACUCGCUGGAUGAGCCAGAUGCUCGAGCAGCUAUGAUUUGGAUUGUGGGAGAAUAUGCUGAAAGAAUUGACAAUGCAGAUGAGUUACUAGAAAGCUUCCUGGAGGGUUUUCACGAUGAAAGCACCCAGGUGCAACUCACUCUGCUUACUGCGAUAGUGAAGCUGUUUCUCAAGAAACCAUCAGAAACACAGGAGCUAGUCCAGCAAGUCUUGAGUUUGGCAACACAGGAUUCUGAUAAUCCUGACCUUCGAGACCGGGGCUAUAUUUAUUGGCGCCUUCUCUCAACUGACCCUGUCACGGCUAAAGAAGUAGUCUUGUCUGAGAAGCCACUGAUCUCUGAGGAGACGGACCUUAUUGAGCCAACUCUGCUGGAUGAGCUAAUCUGCCACAUUGGUUCUUUGGCCUCUGUGUAUCAUAAGCCUCCUAACGCUUUUGUGGAAGGAAGUCAUGGAAUUCAUCGUAAACACUUGCCAAUUCAUCAUGGGAGCACUGAUGCAGGUGACAGCCCUGUUGGCACUACCACUGCAACGAAUCUGGAACAGCCUCAGGUUAUCCCCUCUCAAGGUGAUCUUCUAGGGGAUCUUUUAAACCUUGACCUCGGUCCCCCAGUCAAUGUGCCACAGGUGUCCUCCAUGCAGAUGGGAGCGGUGGAUCUCCUAGGAGGAGGACUAGAUAGUCUGCUUGGCAGUGACCUUGGCGGGGGCAUUGGAGGAAGUCCGGCAGUGGGACAAUCCUUCAUCCCAUCAUCGGUGCCUGCAACCUUUGCUCCUUCACCUACACCUGCUGUUGUCAGCAGUGGACUGAAUGACCUGUUUGAACUCUCCACAGGCAUAGGCAUGGCACCCGGUGGAUAUGUGGCUCCUAAGGCUGUCUGGCUACCUGCAGUAAAGGCUAAAGGCUUGGAGAUUUCAGGAACAUUUACUCACCGCCAAGGGCACAUCUAUAUGGAAAUGAACUUCACCAAUAAAGCUCUGCAGCAUAUGACAGAUUUUGCAAUCCAGUUUAACAAGAAUAGUUUUGGAGAAGUUCCCACAGCUGCUUGGCCUCUCAAUCCUCCCAUCUUGACCUCCCAAAGCGCUGGGAUUACAGUACCCCUAAACACAAUAGGAAUUAUUUCCUUCAUGGACUUGUUGCUUUCCUGGCAGGUGGCUGUGAAAAACAAUAUCGAUGUCUUCUACUUCAGCUGCCUCAUCCCACUCAAUGUGCUUUUUGUAGAAGAUGGCAAAAUGGAGCGCCAGGUCUUCCUUGCAACAUGGAAGGAUAUUCCCAAUGAAAAUGAACUUCAAUUUCAGAUUAAAGAAUGUCAUUUAAAUGCUGACACUGUUUCCAGCAAGUUGCAAAACAACAAUGUUUAUACUAUUGCCAAGAGAAAUGUGGAAGGGCAGGACAUGCUGUACCAAUCCCUGAAGCUCACUAAUGGCAUUUGGAUUUUGGCUGAGCUACGUAUCCAGCCAGGAAACCCCAAUUAUACGCUGUCACUGAAGUGUAGAGCUCCUGAAGUCUCUCAGUACAUCUAUCAGGUCUACGACAGCAUUUUGAAAAACUAACAAGACUGGUCCAGUACCCUUCAAUCAUGCUGUGAUCAGUGCAAGCCAAGAACUCUUAACUGGAAGAAAUUGUAUUGCUGUGUAGAAUCUGAACCCAAACACACUGAGGCCACCCAGCAAGGUAGUAACUAGUCUAACCUGUGCUAACAUUAGGGCACAACCUGUUGGAUAGUUUUAGCUUCCUGUGAACAUUUGUAACCACUGCUUCAGUCACCUCCCACCUCUUGCCACCUGCUGCUGCUAUCUGUCCUUACUUGUGGGCUUCUCCAUGCUGUGCCAAUGGCUGGCUUUUUCUACACCCUCUUUUGAGUGUAGUUUGGUAUUUUGUAAUUGAGAGCUCAUUUCAAAAGCAGAAAAAGACAACAAAUAUUAAAGCAAGGAAAAGUGUCACUGAAACACUGCACUUUAUUGUUUUAUACUUUUGUACAUAUGAGAAACCAAGGGAGUAGUGCAACCGGUAGAAAGCAUUGAAAUGACUGUCAUUAACACACAGUCCUGGAGGCAGAGAUGCAGUUACCUGCCCUAGCUUUUGAGGGGUUGUCUUAUCUGUGAUAGCCUUAUCCCUGGUCAUUUGGAUUUUCAGUUUGCUUUUUUUUUUCCCCUCCAGACUCCUUUUCCUUGGCCAAGCCUUCAUGUUUCCCCUUUUCCAUAUCAUAAUCUCAUUUGAUUGCUCUGCAAUUGGGAACGGUGAUCUUCUUGAAUGAUGUUUCAGGGUGCAAAAACUAUAGAGCCUGUCAGCACCAAAGCUGAGAGAAGUUACACCUUACUCCUUUCCUUUCCCCUGAACAAACCUGCUAAUCCCACUAAUUCAGGAAUUUGAGUAGAGAUGGGGAACAAGAACCCAGAUGCUGUCCCCUCACCCCCUCUCCUGCAUUUCUCAGGUCCAGUUCAAAUCUAAAAUCCUACUUUUAGAGUUGAAACAGAGUAAUAACUUACCAACCCUCUUUUUCUACAAAGGAGAAAGAUAAAAGGCACAAAGGUCACUGCCAAGGCCUGUCAGCUGUGUAGUAGCAGAGCCGAGACUGAGUCUCCUAAGUCCCCGUCAGUGUGGUUUUCACCACAGGACUAUCUCUUGUCGUUUUCCCCUAAUGCCUUCUCCUGCCUUUUCUGUGCCUACUUUUUGGCUCUUCACAUAUUCCAUAUUGAUUUUGACGCCCCGUUUAUUGGCAUCAGGUGGCAGCUGAGUAUCUUUUGAAUUACUCGAAGGUAAAGCCAGAUGCCAGAAUGAAGGCAUAGCCGGUGUUUCCCAUAUGUCCCCGGAGCCCCACUUCUUGAGGCCAGCAGAAUAAGUGCAGAGAUGAAGUGAGCUUAGAGAUGUCGCAAAUGCUCUUUAUCCCUUCAGCUCUCUGAUCUGCUCUUUCUUAAUGAUGCUUAGGCUGCAGGGCAUAUUAAGAUCAUCCCAGAGGUUCAGGCAGUUCCUGUCAUCUCUGAAAAGACUGGGGGAUAUGAAAUCUUCCCCCUACCCCCCUUAACACAUUGGAUAUGGUUUUUCAAAGGAUGCUUUAUGCCCAAUAUACCAACCUGUUUAGCAGUGUUAUACUGUUUGAUCUGCGGGCACUUGUUGCAUUGCCUGGCACCCAGUAUUCAGGGUCCUUGACUAAGACUGUUCUUCUCAGAUGCCCUGCUUAAAUCUGGGGCACUUCAGGCUCCACGGGCCUCAUGUUGGACUGAGACCUAACUCACUGGACUCAGAGGAGGAAUCGUGAAAACAAGAGCAAAACUACCCCACACCCCUAUUUCAUGUCUGAAAUAACCCUGCUUCAUACCAGUUGCAAAGCUUGUGGGGAGUGGUCCCCCAAAGCACUUUCUUAAACGUUGAGAAUCUCCAAGAGAAGAAUAUUUGGGGAGGGAGUGGAAAUAUAUCCCUUGCACACCACCCCUCAAGCACAUGGCAGUAGGAAACCACAGGAUUGUAUGUGGGAGGUGGGUAGGUCGGUGAUGUGUGGGGUGGAAAAGCAGGUUGGUAAAGUUCCUUUCUUGGGACUCAUUCCUGGAGUCAGUGGAUACAAGUAGUGAAGAAGGUUCACACUGCAAAUAGUGUUCUCAUCUCAAAGCAAACUAUCAUUCCAGAAGGAAAAGUACGUCGGGGCAAGCAGACAACACAAUUUCCUACCAGAAUAUGUCCCUCAACCCCCAAAACAAGGCUUCUGUCAGCCUCCCCACCAGUGAUGGAUAACAGCUCCUAUUCUCAGCUGACCUGACUGAGCCAACCCCUGAACUCUGCACUCCUUGGGGAGGCCACCUGCCGUCACACCCCUGAGCAGAGUUAGGGAGGAAUUCUACUUCCCGUAAAAGGACCUCUGCUGAGGGGCAGAACCUGGUGCCUCCACCACAGCUUCCCUCUCGGCUCAUUCCAAACUUGGCCAAAUUAGGGGAGUAGGGUGGAGGUUGCCCUGCAUCCCCCCUCCUCUGCCUGAGUGUGUCUUUGUAAUGUCAGCUGGCAUCAUACAAAGGGCAGGAGAAGCAAACACCCAGAACUCUUUUGCUGGUCAGAGAUUCCCUGAGUGUCUGUCCUCACCCAAGCCUGCUCUGUGUGUCUGUGUUGUGAAGCUUGAGACUCUGGAAAGAAAUGGGGAGGGGGGUGGGGGAAAUGUUGCCCUAAGAAUGCUUCUCAUUCCUCUGUUCUUGUUGGGUCCUGUUUUUGGGGAGGGUGGGGGUUGGGGGAAGCUUGACCUUGUGUCUUCGUCAAUAAACUCACAUUUACACAAAA